AUGUCGGGAGAUCGUAAGGCUGUCAUCAAGAAUGCUGAUAUGCCCGAGGACAUGCAGGCUGACGCCAUUGAGGUUGCUCUUCAAGCCAUGGAAAAGUUCAACAUUGAGAAGGAUAUUGCAGCUUACAUCAAGAAGGAGUUUGACAAAAAGUACCAGCCAACAUGGCACUGCAUCGUCGGCCGAAACUUUGGCAGCUACGUCACUCAUGAAACGCACAGCUUCUUGUACUUUUACUUUGGACAGGUCGCCAUUCUUCUUUUUAAAUCAGGAUAA